AUGACGGAUAGCGAUAAGAAACCAAUGUCACGCUUAUUGAAGCUCGCUAACAAAUUCAACUGCUUCUACCUGUCAGGUAAGCAAAAUCGUUCCACUUAAACGUAUCUGCCCUCUCUAUAUGUUCCCUUAACGAUUUUAUAGUGAUUAGCGCAUAGAAACGCGUGGCUUUCCGUCCAGUCUACUGAGAUAUUGAUUUCGAGUCUGUUGUAUAUUCUUUCUCGUAUUUUCAGCGAAUUAAUGAGAAUUGGGUCUACUUUUUCUAAAAACGUAGGUGAUUUUUCACGAUCAUUUCAUGAUACUCACUCCCUACUAUUAUGUAUAUAUGAUUCUAUUCUUUUUUGGUAAUAAAUAUUUUGAGUACUAUUGUUGCUAUAUACACAUUUACCAAAGUAGAUGUCAAGGAUGUGUAUCAUGUAUUUGUAUGAGUUGACCUAUAUUAUCAUCUGUUUUCUCAUACAAUUUAAACAGAUGUGCAAAUAUAGACUGUAUGUACUUAAUGAAUAUUUAUGAGAAGCACUGUUUUUCUGUAGCUUUAAGUUUUCUUAUUAACGAACAAAAACUUCUUGUUUAUUGUAUAUUAUUUAUAUUUUACAUUUUAAGUUGAAUUUUAUUCUACAGUGUUACUAACUGGAUGACAAGUAGUCUUAAGUCUCCGAUAUCUUUUAGGUUUUCAUGCAGGUGAAUGCAGAGCCUUUGUUGUUGACGGACAACAAGUUGGUCUUGUUCGUCCAGAUGUAAUGAAAGAAUUGUUAAAUUAUCCACAGGUAAUUCUGCAUAUAAAAUUGUAAUAGAUGACACGUCUAUUAAUAUGUUUAUAUAAUCUUAAUUAUGUCUGUUUAAAAUAUUUCUCAAAGGUAUUUCAAGUACAUCCUGAGUAUGUGCAAUUAAAUCCAGCGUUCAGAGACUAUGCAGAGAGAAGUGCUAGAGUCGAGGAAGUUCUGAGAGAAUGGCGUGCAGGUGGAAAGUUUGUAACAUUAAGAGGAUGGAGAGAAGAGUGUUAUGAAGUACGCGCACAAUUCAAUACUCCACCACUAUUUAAAAUGGACCGGUCUGCCACAUGUAUGUAUUUUGUGAUCGCCUAUAUUCGUCUGUUGCCAACUAUUCUAUUAUUUCAUUUUAUAGGCUUGUUUGGAAUUCGCAAAUACGGAGUAGAUAUCAAUGGAUAUGUUAUGGAUCCUGUGAAAGGUUUAUCAAUAUGGUUGCAAAAACGUAGUCCAAACAAGCAAACUUGGCCUGGCUACUGGGAUAACAUGGUGAGUGGUGGAUUGAGUGUUGGUUAUGGAAUCAAUGAAACCGCUAUAAAAGAGGCUGGAGAGGAAGCCAGUAUUCCUAAUAAUCUUAUUGCAAAAUUGAAGAGCGCCGGCUGUGUGUCUCUGUUUUUUGAAAGUGAAAGGGGUCUGUUUCCCAAUACAGAGUUUGUAUUUGACCUUGAACUACCACCAGAUUUCGUACCGAGCAACAACGACGGAGAGGUAGAGACUUUUGAAUUGCUUCCAGUUAACGAAUGUUUAGAAAGGAUACUGUCUUCGCACUUUAAAACAACGUCGGUGCCAGUCGCUCUUGACUUUUUAAUUAGACACGGAUAUAUCACAGCGGAAAACGAGCCUAAUUUUAUAGAAAUCGUGGAAUUGCUUCAUAUACCUCUGCAGACCAUUUACAAUCAUCCACAAAAAAAGUGUAAGAUAGCUGCAAAUGGAGAAGCAAUCGAAUCUCUAGACAGAAUUUAA